AUGUUUAAGAAAAUUAUGUUUUCAACUCACUAUUUUUCGAUAUUUUCUAGUAAGUUGGAUGUGGAAUUGAGGAUACCAGAUUGUAACAGAUGCGAGAAAGACAUGAUUGAUGCUAUUUCCAACUUCAAAGGAGUUGAAUCUUGUACGACGGAUACAGAGAAUCAGAUUGCGGUUUCUGGAAGUUUUAACCUGGAGAAGUUGUUAAAAAAACUCAAAAAAGUAACAGGCAAAGAUGUGGAGAUUGUGAAGGAAGAAGAGAAAGAUCCCGAACCUGAAAUAACUGAGAUUGUUAAAGAGAAAGAUGAAGAAACCGAAGAGGAUUCACAACCUGAAGUGGUUCAAGAAGUUGAAACAGAAGAGGAUGCACAACCUGAAGUGGUUUUCGAACCAAACAGUGACGAGCAAAAGGAAUUAGAGAAGUACAUGAUGUUCAGUGACGAAAACCCUAACGCCAAGUGUACUAUAUCGUAA